UCUUAGCAUCCAGUCGCAGCAUAUUGUUUCAACAAUAAUUAUCUGCAGUUUACCUCUUUGAAUACUGAAAUCUACUUCGAUCUGAUUCAUUACGUUAGAUUGUAAUUAUGACCAGUUUUCUGAUAUUAGGGUUGGUUGUGUUGUUUUGUGUGGGGUUUUCUCAACAGCAAAGUUGCUCAAUCACAAGCAACCAAGACAUUAACUUACCCGAUUUAGCAGUGCGUAGUGGACAACCACAGGAAAGUUGCUGUAGUAUUUGUCAGAGCACUCCUGGUUGCAAAGGAUUUGCCUAUAACGGAUAUGAAGGCGGUACUUGCUGGUUGAAGGCUGGAACAGGACCUUUGAUUUAUAAAGAGAAUGUUAAUGUUGGAAUUUUAGGAAGCACUGCUAGUGGUGGCGCUUGUUCUAUCCGAAGUAAUCAAGACAUAAAUCUGCCAGAUUUACAAGCUCGUUAUGGUCAACCGCAAGAAGCGUGUUGCGGAAUCUGUAAAAAUACGUUAGGUUGCAAAGGAUUUGCUUGGAAUGCUUAUGAAGGUGGCACCUGUUGGCUUAAGGCUGGAACAGGGCCAGUUAUUGCUAAAGAAGGUGUUAAUAUCGGAUUUAUUGAUGGUGGCACUGAUUCUCAAAGUGGAUCAAGUGGAUGUACACCAAUAGAAACAAAUAGGGACAUUGCUUUACCAGACUUGGCGGCUCGUUAUGGACAACCGCAAGAGAAUUGCUGUAGCAUCUGUAGUAGUACACAAGGAUGCAAAGGUUUUGCUUGGAAUGCACACGAAGGUGGCACUUGUUGGUUAAAGGCUGGAACAGGACCAGUCGUCUACAUGGAAGGUGUUAAUGUAGGAAUUUUGAACGGAAAUGGAGGCAGCGACAACUCUGGUGGAAACAAUAAUGGAGCUCUGAUAUCGUUUGACGAAUUUGCCAAUGCUGUCGUCAAUUCCAAUGGCUACCCUCGUCCGAGCGAAGCUCAGUACAAUGCAUUCAUUCAAGGCCUUCCCAAAGGCUUAAUCGCAACGAAACAAGAAGCAGCUAUGGCUUUGACACAAUUUCUUCAUGAAAGUGACGGACUACGCGCGAAAAGAGAGUACCGAUGCCAAGACAGUGGAUGUCCUGGAGAGUACGUAACAAGUGGAUGCGACGGUCCAAAUCAACGUUAUUAUGGCAGAGGAUAUAUACAAUUGACUUGGUGCUAUAACUACCGUGCGGCGUCACAAGAUUUGUACAACGACAAUCGUUUGGUUUCAGAUGCCGAUAUGGUGGCAAGAGAUGAAAAUGUUGCUUGGAAUACAGCCUUUUGGUUUUGGAAGGCAAACGUACAUAAUAUUGCGGGUGUUGCCGAUGGCGCAUUCGGUGUUACAACCAGGGCUAUAAACGGUGGACUUGAAUGCAAUAACAGCGCUGGUCAUCCAAUUGCUAGACAACGAUAUGCAAUGUAUGGACGAGUCCGAGCAGCGUUUGGUCUCGGCGGUCCAGGAUCGGAAUGGGGUUGUUAUAAUUGAAAUGUAAAAAACGAAUCCAAUUGAUGAAAAUUAUAUUGAAAGCGUCAAAACGGAA